UGUGUGUGUGUGUGUGUGUGUGUGUGUGUGUGUGUGUGUGUGUGUGUGUGUGUGUGUGUGUGUGUGAUUCCAAGGACUCCAUCUCCACCCAGACUCAACAGUGUCUCUCCCGUCUGAUGCUGGUGACGAGGACACGACCGUCGCCGUGGAGACGACCACGAAGAGUUCUGAACCUGAGACAAAGUUCACGGGAGGUGGAGGAUAGGAAAAGGGUGGCAGGGCAUCUGUUUGCAUAACAACCAGGGGAGUGGAGAGAUAUCAGCCCCAAGGCCGAAGUGGGGGAGCCGAAUGAAGAUAAUGAUUGAUUUGGGUCAGGCCGACCUCUGAUACUCUGUAUUCCAAACUCCAGAAUCCACCAGGCCGCCAAUACCAGGCGGCCUGGUAUAUUGCGUCCUCUUCGCUGACUCUGACCCGGAGCGCCACUGUAACACAGACUGGAUCCUGGGGGCCGGUCCCAACCUGACAGAAGAGGAGCAGCUGAACCUGACCGUUCCCCGGGAGCCAGACGGCUCCCUCAGCCGGUGUCUGAUGUACGCUCCGGUGAACUGGACCCUGGACUCCAUCCGGCAGUAUGGCCUGAACCACACCACCGCCUGCCGGGACGGAUGGGUGUACGACCAGACCCUGUACCAGGCCACCAUCGUCACCGAUUUUGAUCUAGUUUGUGACAAGGCGAACGAGUUGGCAGUGGCCCAAACGGUGUUGGGGGCCGGCAUUCUUAUCGGUUCGCUACUGUUCGGACCUUUAGGAGAAUCGUUUGGCCGCAGACGGACCACUCAGAUUCCAGUGCUGUUCCUUUUUAUAUUCACGCUCACAGGUGGCCUUAGUCCCAACUACUACUUAUAUCUGGCCUCCCAGUUUGGGGCAGGUAUGGGGUAUGGGGGCUUCCGGAUGAACGCCAUCGUGCUGAUGACUGAGUGGAUAGGGAUAACCAAGCGCUCCCUGGGUGCGUGUGGGGGCCAGUUCUCUGGGGCUGCCGGGCUGGCGUGUAUGUCGGGGAUCAACUACCUAACCCGUGAUUGGAGGCUGGCUCAGUUGGUCAUGGCGGCGCCGAUGGGCCUGGUUGCUGUCUACAUAUGGUUUAUACCGGAGUCGGCCCGCUGGCUGCUGGACAGGGGGAGGGCAGAGGAGGCCAAAGAGUUGAUCCUCAAAGCAGCGGCCAUCAACAGACGCACCGUUCCAGAAUCCCUAUUCGAAAAGAUUACAGUGAAUAAAACUGUGGAGAAAGGGGGCAUAUGGGUCCUUAUCAAAUCACCUGUGCUUCGAAAACGCUUCCUGAUCAUAGUAUUUGCAUGGUUUGCAGUGAGCCUCACCUUUAUCUGCCUCGGGUUUAACGUGGGGAAGUUUGGGCUGGACAUCUUCCUGACCGAGCUGCUGUUCGGACUCACAGAGUUACCGGCUCAUCUGCUGUGCUUCUGGCUGUUGGAGCUCGCAGGCAGGAAGUUAUGCCUGAUGUUCACCAUCCUGGUGGGGGGUCUAGCGUGCCUCAGCAUCCUGGCUGUUCCCGCAGGAAAUGCCAUCGCUGUGACCGUGUUGGCCAUCACGGCGCGGAUCCUUAUGACAGUGGGUUCGAGCAUAUCCAGCGUUUACAUUCAGGAGCUGUUUCCCACGUCCGCGAGACAUACUGCAGCUGGACUAGGGGGCCUAGCGACUAGAGUGGCAGGGCUGUUGGCUCCCUCAGUCAACCUGCUGGUCGUGUACCACUACUCCAUACCCAUCUCAGUGUUCAGCAGCCUCACCUUGCUGGGUGGAGCCCUCAUCUUCCUGCUUCCAGAGACGCGCGGGAUAGAGCUGGCAGACUCCACCGCACAGGCUGAGAUCCAGAGUAAUGGAACCAAAAUGGAGACGGGAAGAAGGUCUAUCACUGAUGACCACACUGCUGUUAUUACCUCAAGCAAACUCUAGACUCACUGCCACAUGACCACCACCACCUUCAAGAUCAAAUUAUCGUGUGUGUGUGUGUGUGUGUGUGUGUGUGUGUGUGUGUGUGUGUGUGUGUGUGUGUGUGUGUGUGUGUGUGUGUGUGUGUGUGUGUGUGUGUGUGUGAGAGAGUAGAUGACAGGGGAAAUAAUAUGGUUUAAAUUGUAGAAUUGAAGUUGUAAAUCUUGUUUGUGUCUUUUCCAUCAUCUGUUGUAGUUAAUUGGGUAUUAUUCAGUUGAUUGUGUUCACCUGUCUCUCAGUGUUUUAGUUUUUGUUUGCUAUUGAAACGAUUUUUCAUAAAGUCAAAUAUUCUGCUCAUUUAA